AUGGAACAAACAAAUAAAAAGAUAAAAGACACCCCAACUGUUGAUCCAAGAACAAUAGAAGAAAUAAUCAACGAAAAACUUGCCAUGGAUUAUGAAAAGGAGAUUGAAGAAACAAAAGAAGAAAUUAUUGAUAAGGAAAUAAAAGUUCAAAAUAUUAAAACUGGAAUUAUGAGACCAUAUUAUUAUGAAGAUGAAGUGGAUAUUUCAAGAUUGGAAAAUGAAAUAAAGGAAGGAAAAGAAGAAAUAAUUGAAAAGUUAUAUUUAUUAAAAAAAGUAGAUAGUAGUAGAGAAAUCAGUGCCAUAUCUCCAAGAAAAAUGAAAGAAGAAGUUAAAGAAUUGCAACAAUCCCUUGAAAACGCUGAAGAAGAUUAUGAAAUCGAAGAAAUAGAUUUUGAAAUUGAAAAAACCAAUUGUAAAAAUAUAAGAAAAGAACAUGAAAAGCAUUUAGAAACUCUAGAAAAAGAUAUUGAUAUAAUAAACGUUCAACUCGAAACCAUAAUCAAAAAAAAUGAAGAAAAGGAAAAAGAAUUAGAGGAAAUAAGAAAAAAAAAUGAAAACAAAUUUUUAAAGAAACAAGCUUUGGAAUCACUUUUGUGCCAAUCUGAAGAAGAAAUCGAGAGAUUGGAAAUGGUUCUAGGUCAUAUGGUCUUUACAAGAUUAAGUAAAAUGAACAUUGAUAACUAG